AACCUAGAGGAAAGGACUGAGGAAGCCUUAUGCAGGGGAACAUUAUUAUAGUUGAAAGUUGAAAAUUGCCAAAGCUUGCGAGAGGCCCUUGACUAAAAGUCUAAAACAAAGUCUAUAAGAGAGCUUUCAUGGUGGAACUGAGUUUGUAUUGAAGAAACAAUAGGAAGUUGUUGAAACAAUAGACUCUUAACAAUUCAAAGUUUCAAAUAUUUUCUUCUUCUUUUCCCCAAGCCAGAAGUUACAAGAUACAACCUUUUUGCCCACCGAUAUAAGCUCCAUUUCCCACAAAUUUGUUACCCCAAAGUCUCAUCUGAAAUUUUUUGAGAGAACCCAUAACUUUAGAGCAACACACAAACCAACCUUUCGAGUUUUUGUGUCAAUUCACUUGGGACGCGUUGGAGUUUGCAAUUGGAGGCUCAAUUGUAGAUUUCGUGACUAGAGUAGAGAAAGGACUCGAGAAAUCGGUUGCUAGUAGGAGCUUGGAGGUAGCAUACGUGAGCUGGCUGUACUAUGGGUACCAUUUCCCAAAAAAAAAUACUUGUCACCGACGCUUUUGACGACAUUGGCUUGGAAAUAUUCUUAUGAAAAACAUAAUAAUAAAUAAAAUAAAAUAAAAAAAACUCGAGGAAAGGACUGAGGAAGCCUUAUGCAAGGGAAUUUUAUUAUAGUUGAAAAUUGCCAAAGCUUGCGAGAGGCCCUUGACUAAAAGUCUAAAACAAAGUCUAUAAGAGAGCUUUCAUGGUGGAACUGAGUUUGUAUUGAAGAAACAAUAGACUCCUAACAAUUCAAAGCUUCAAAUAUUUUCUUCUUCUUCUUCUUUUCCCCAAGCCAGAAGUUACAAGUUGGUGAGGUGAAAAGAUCAUGUGCUGAAAUUGAAGUUGUGAAUUGACGUACUUCACUGAACCUGAGACAAUUCAGUUACGUUUUUGUCUACAGAUACAACCUUUUUGCCCACCUAUAUAAGCUCCAUUUCCCACAAAUUUGUUACCCAAAAGUCUCAUUUGAAAAUUUUUGAGAGAACCCAUAACUUUAGAGCAAAACCCAAAUCAAUCUCUCUAUCUUCUUGCUCUCACCAUUGCCAAAUUCUUGAGAGGAGAUCAAAUCUAUCACACAAACCAACCUGUUGAGUUUUUGUGUCAAUUCACUUGGACGCAUUGGAGCCACUACAAAACAGCCGAAGAGACUUGGAGUUUGCAAUUGGAGGCUCAAUUGUAGAUUUCAUGACUAGAGGAGAGAAAGGACUCGAGAAAUCGGUUGCUAGCAGGAGCUUGGAGAUGGAGAACACAAAAAAGCAAGGAAAUCUGGCAAACCCUUUAAUUUUGCAGAGUGAGCAGUUAUAUGAGUACAUUCUGGCCACUAGUGUGUACCCACAAGAACCAGAGCCUCUUAAGGAGCUGAGGAAAGCUACUGCAACCCAACCAUUGGCAUACUUUGGUACAUCACCAGAUGCAGGUCAGCUAAUUGCCAUGUUCUUGAAGAUAGUGAAUGCAAAGAAGACAAUUGAAAUUGGGGUUUUUACAGGAUACUCUCUUCUCCUCACGGCCCUUACAAUUCCUGAUGAUGGCAAGAUUACAGCCAUAGAUGUUAAUCGAACAAAAUAUGAGAUAGGAUUGCCAAUUAUACAAAAAGCGGGGGUUGAGCACAAAAUUAACUUUAUCGAGUCACGAGCUUUACCAAUUCUUAAUGAACUGCUACAAGAUCCAAAGAAUGAAGGGAGUUUUGACUUUGCUUUUGUUGAUGCUGACAAAGUUAAUUAUUGGAAUUACCAUGAGAGGAUGAUGAGAUUGGUUAAGGUUGGAGGGAUAAUUAUCUACGAUAACACACUGUGGGGAGGAUAUGUUGCUUUGCCUGAAGAGGAUGUUCCAGAAAAGAAAAGAGCUGGGAGGCAGUCAACCAUUGAGUUUAAUAACUCCAUUUCUUCUGACUCACGUGUUGAAAUAUCUCAUGCUUCAGUGGGUGAUGGCGUUCUGAUCUGCAGGCGAAUUUGCUAAGUAUUUCUAGACAACUAGUUGAACUCAUUAAUAAAUCUUUUCAUCCCUACAAGCACGAGUGCUUAUUAUGAAUUUCUUAAGGACCAGACUAUUUCAUAGGAAUGUUUAGGGAAAAUGUGCUCUGGUUUUGUCGGAAGGACAAUUUUUUUUAUUGUUUUCAUCCCUUUAAGUUUGCAUGAAUUUUGAUUCUUCUGUUCAA